AUCAAACCAAACUUGCCAUUUUUUUUCUCACGCAACUCUUCUUCUUAGCUCCAUUUUCUCUUCAUGAAGCCACUGAAUAGUGUGAGUGAGUUCUAUUCCUAAGUGGGGUUUGGUUUUCUUGUCCCUAAGUUUGCUUUUUUUAUGCGUGUUUCCAAAACAGUCGUUUUUUUUUUACAGUAUAAAAGACUAAAAAAAAAAAAAAAAUCUUUUGUGUUCUCUUCUUAUAUUUUGAUGUAAUUAACGUUUGUAUUCUUGUCAACAUUGAUUGACGCUUCUAGAAAGUUCUUAAGAAAGGAGAAUUCAUUUAUGUCCUCCUCAAUAUUUUUCGUUUUCUUGAUCUGGGGUUGUUGAUUCAAGAAAGCGAAGUUGUCUUUGUUCUUUUACAUUGUGUGUCUUUUUUUUUUGUCCGACCAAAUUGUUGUAAUGGGAUCCUCUGCAAUGUCGAUUGACGAGGUUGUCGAAGAGCUAAUGAGACUUAACAAAUCUUUACCAAUAAGGCCAGGCAUUGAUGAAGUUGAAGCAGCAAAAGUUUUAAUAAUGAACGUGGAAAAGGAGGAACAAAUGAGGCUCGAAACAAUUGCUAGGCAAAACAAACGAAAAGAUGUUCCAGAAGAGCUAUUAAAAAUAUUGCAAGAGAUGCAGAGGAAUUUAGUUGAUUUUCAAAAUAAAGAACAGAAAAGAGAAGCAAUAAAACUGUUAGAUCUUGAAAAUGUUCAUUACCUUUCCGAUGAAUUGAUUCAAAGAGCUUCGAAAUGCUUGUCAUCAUCGAAGUCGAAUCCUCAAGCUAAUAAUACAUCUUCAGCUUCUUCAAGGAAUUCGAGUAGUUUGUCUUUGGCAAAUUCGUCUUCUUCCUUCUCCGCUAGCAGUUUCAAUUCUCCGGCAACUACAACGACUACUAAGAUGUCUUCGUCGAGCUUUUAUAGUGAGAAAGAACCUGUUAAAGUGCCUGAACUUGUUACAAGAGACGAUAGUUACGUGAAGAAGGCGAAAUCCACGUUUCAAAUGGAUGGAAUUAGCGUUGGAUUUCGAUCUGGGAACGCUUCUUUAGCGCCCCAGAUUGUCGAUUCCACUUUGAAGACUAGUACUGGUCAAGUUGGUGAAAAAUUGAGCUUGAUUAAGCUUGCUAGUUUGAUAGAAGUAUCAGCCAAAAAAGGAACCAAGGAGCUAAUUCUUCGAAGAAAAUUAUCAGAGCAAUUAGAAUGGAUUCCAGAUUCUCUUGGGAAGUUAUCAAAUUUGGUAACUUUGGAUUUGUCUGAGAAUCGAAUUGCUGUGCUGCCAACUACCAUAGGGGGACUUUCAUCAUUGCAAAAGCUAGAUUUACAUGGAAAUAGAAUUGUUGAACUUCCUGGUUCAAUAGGAGAUCUACUUAACUUGGUCUAUCUUGAUCUAAAUGGAAAUAACCUGAAGACAUUGCCUUCGACUUUAGUCAGGUUAACUCGCCUUGAGGAAGUCGAUUUAAGCUCUAACAUGCUAUCCGUGCUUCCCGAGACAGUGGGAUCCCUUGUCAGUCUCAGAAAACUGAUCGUCGAGACUAAUGACCUAGAGGAACUUCCUCACUCUAUUGGUCAAUGUAAUUCACUCAAAGAGCUUCGUGCUGACUAUAACCGUCUUAAAGCCCUUCCUGAAGCCUUGGGACGAAUGGGUUCUUUGGAGAUUCUAUCCGUGCGGUACAAUAACAUAAGGCAAUUGCCUACAACUAUGGCAUCCUUAACAAGUUUGAAAGAGCUCAAUGUUAGUUUCAAUGAACUUGAGUCGAUGCCUGAGAGCUUGUGCUUUGCCACCACACUCGUAAAGCUCAACAUUAGCAACAAUUUUGCGGACCUCCAAUCACUCCCUAGGUCCAUAGGAAACCUCGAGAUGCUUGAGGAGCUAGAUAUGAGUAACAACCAGAUACGAAUUCUUCCAGAUUCAUUUAGGAUGCUUUCGCAUUUGCGUGUACUAAAGACAGAAGGAAAUCCUCUUGAAGUGCCACCAGGAAACGUUGUUGAGAUGGGAGCGCUGGCUGUUGUGCAGCAUAUGGCUGAUCUUGUUGACAAGAGGGAUGCGAAGCCACAGCCAGUUAAGCAGAAGAAAUCAUGGGCUCAGAUAUGCUUCUUUUCAAGAUCUAACAAACGUAAGCGCAAUGGUAUGGACUAUGUCCAAGCAUGACCUACUGCUGCUUCAAUAAAAACCUUUUGACCUUAUUUUUAUAUGUGAAAUUUAGCUGGAAGAGAGCUGCCAUUCUUCUUGAAUUCCACCAUUGCCAACAAAAAUCAUCAGUGUCAUCGGAAAAGGCUCAAAUAUGACAUCGAACUAUCGGAAAUGACUCAUUUAUGUCAUUUGUUAAUAGCUUGGCUCAUUUAAGCCAUCGUCGUUACCAAAAUGGCUCAUCUAUGCCAUUUUUCCAUUUAUGUGUCAGAUUUUUUUUAUUACUUUCGGAUUAAAAAUUGGGCUGGUUUAAUUAAACAACAUGGACCUCUAAUUGGAGGCCACGUGUCAUAUUAGGUAUUGUAAAACCGACGUUAAUGAAAAAUGGAUGAAUGAGCCAUUUUGAUAACGGCGAUGGCAUGAAUGAGCCAUUUUAUAAUGACGAUAUCAUGAAUGAGCUAAACUAUUGACAAAUGGCCUAAUGAAUUAUUAUGAGUUGACUUCUUAUUGAAACUGUUGUUAUUAUCAUUAUUAUACUGCUUAUUCUAUUUCAAUUUGUUUGUAUUGCUUUCUUUUUUAGUCCAUUUAGGAAGAAUGUCUCUUUCCUUUUUUUAGUAACUCUUUAAUACAACUUUUUACAUCACAUGUUUAACAUCAUAAGAUUAAGAAAGCUGCUAAACUACCACACCAAUUUGGUCCAAAUUUGACCACACCUAUGAAAAGACCUUCAUAACCUUUACAUGUACAAUUUCAAAUUAAGAUGAAUUUUAGGAGGGAAGGAUAGGAAUGACAUUAACUAAGUAUAAAUUAUUAAAUUUGUCUUAGAUACCUGUGUAAAUUUAAUAUGCUACCCUCAUUUGAGCCAUUGUGGUCAACAUCAGUGUGGCCAAAAGACCUUUCCGUAAGAAUUAAAAGGUAUUUUGUUACAUUCUACAUAUUUUUUAAGACCACAAAAGAUUUAAGAGUCUUCUUUAUUUUUUUAAAUUUCGUGUCAAAUCAAAAUAGAUAGAGUAUUAUUUAUCAUUCUGUUUCAGACUAGUUAACUGUCGUUAUCUUGGGUUUGGAAUCUCACAAUAUUUGGAAGAUGAAUGUUGACUAGGGUCAAUGUAGGUGGCUUAAUAUUUAUGUCAAACAAAAUUGAGUCUUCAGAAACACGAGUGACUUCAUCUUGAAGUAAAAGAUCAAACCAGCGAAUCAGGAUGAAUUUUCUAAUAUUAAAUCCUAAAUUAUUGUUCGUGUGGCCCUCAAGAUUACUGAGCGUUUAAAUAAGGCUGGCAAUUUUUGCUCUUUUGGCCUCCAUAUGUGGUGAUGUGAAACAUCCUUUGUUAGGCACAUGUCAUUAUAUUGGUCAUAACUUACAAUAAUGCUUAAAGAAAGAAAUUAAAGUAAUCCCUUUCUUCUCCCUAAUCCUCCCAUAACAAUAAGACAAAUAUGUAACGCUCUCCAUUAAUCCCAUAUUAACAGACUAUGAAUUCGAUAUGUAACACUCUCCCUAAAAUAACAAGCCUUAUAGCAUAAGGCGCGUUUUAAAGUCGGGGAUAGUUUGUUUGAAAUGAACAAUGUCGAUAGUGGAUUGAAUAAUUAUUAACGUAGAUGUCUGCUACUACAACUUUUGUACAAUCAUUAUUCUUGUGAGUUGGCUGCUAAGAUAUAAAUGAUUACAAAACUUCGACAUGACUAAUAAGUAUUCCCUCCGUUCACUUUUACUUAUUCAUUUUAGAUUUUUACGCUGUUUAAGAAAUAAUAAAUGGAGUACAUAAUUUAUCAAUGUAUCCAUAUUAAUUGAUGCAUAUUUUUAUUGGGUUUGAAAAAUGAUUUGAUGUGAGUAAUUAAUAUUAUGGGUAAAACAGAAAAAAAUAAAUUAUCUUCUCUUGAUAUGCUAAAAGUGACAAGUAAAAGCGAAAACUAAUUUUAAAAUACUGGACAAGAAAAAGUGAACAAAGGAAGUAAUAUAUUUCUACAUGGGCAUUAUAUUUUUGUGUAAAGAUCGAUAUAGAAAGAAUAAUUAGAUUACCAAACGCCUUACCAACUUUUGCCUCAGUGUGAAGUACACUGUCGAGGUGGAUCCCAACUCUGAAUAUGUGUAAUAUAUACUAGCUAAGGCAAAAAGCAAUUUAAAGGAAUCAGGCUAGUCGUUGUUAUCGUAACACAAACUAAAACAAGAAUGCAAUCUUCCAUAGACUUGUUUGUUCUACAUACAUUAUAAGAAAGGUAAAUUUCAUUACAAAGACAAUUGUUUUCAAUGAGGGGACCACAAGGAACUAUCUGAGGAGUCUUCAUCUGGGCAAGGUUCAAGCUGAAGCAGGCAACUUGCUGGAGCAAGUGGCGUGAUCUAUAGAAAGACAUAUCUAUUUAUUUUGGUUCAAUAAGAUAAUAUAUAAAGUUGCAUCUGUAUAAAAUGGAGUGAGCGAUUGAUAUAGUCACUUGGUGAUAUAUAUAUAUAUUGUUAUAUAUAUAUAAUUAGGGGCGGAGCUAGCCUUUCGGAUGGGGUUCGGUCGAACCCAGUAACUUUUGUCCGAACUAUAUAUUUGUAUUAAAAUUUUUGUCAAAUAUGUAUAAAUUAUUAAUUAAGAACCCAGUAACUUUAAAGAAAUAAAACCCCGAACCCACAAAUUUCGAAUCCUGACUUCGCCUCUGUAUAUAAUAAUAUAUAAGUAUUAUUUACUAAUAAUAUUUAAAGAAAUAAAUCUGAAGGACUUCUAAUUUGAAUAUUAGAUGUGCCGUUUUCUUUCUGUUGGGUUAACCAACAAUUGUGUUGAUUCAAGUUUGAAACUAAUCGUUACUUUUCUUUGAAAAAAUGAAUGAAGCAUCUGUUGAGUUACUAAAAAAAGUUGUGCCUAUAAAAACCAUUUUUGACAGAAGCCAAUAGAGUUACUAGAAAAAACCAUCUUUGUGCUUCAUUUCCAACUUAACAUAUUCUGCCUUCUCUUCCUAAUUUUCUUCCUCUAAAUCCUCUGUUCUUUGGAUUGAGUUCUUGUGGUAGAAGAAAUUAAAGAGUGCAACUUUGAUUUCUAGAAUAAGCAUGUACCAUGGGAUGGACUUUCCCAUUAACCACUUGCACAGUGUAGAAGAAAUUACUAUCCUAAAGUUAGUUUCCUGAAAACGCCUUGCCUAUCCGUUCCGUGUUUUUCAUUGAUUUCUCUUUAAUAAUUUAUCUCUUUCAUUUGUUUAUUAAAUUUGUCUUGCACAAAGUUACUUCAUUGAAUUUAUUUUGAAUAUUCUACAAUAAAUUUUGGAUAGUAAAUUUCCUGUUUAAUGAAGCCUUUUUUUUUUGUUGUGCAAGAAAUACAAAGAUAUGAUGAGUUGAAGAAUUUGAAAUUAUAAAGAGAGAAGAUAAUGGCAAAAGAUGAAAACAACAAGCCACAAACUGAUGGCUUGAUGAUGAUGACUAAAAUGGUUGUGAACUUUGGAGCCGAUAAUUUUUAUUUUCCAGAAAUAAUGUCGUUAUCGGAGAAAUGCACAUUGAAGUUGUCGGACUGUUAGGGUUUUGUCCUGAUUUUCUUACCAUAUUUGAGUUUUACUUUUCCCUGGAAAGAAAAUAUAAUUUUCUUCCAUAUUUGGCUAGUCUUUUUUUUGGAGGAAAAGGUUUUGGACCUCUAUAAAUUGAAGAAUCAUUCUCAUACGACACAAUAGCAUACACAAUGUAGUCCUUUAGAGAGUUUUGUUUAGUGGAGAUUUUUCUCCCAAUUGUUUUUAUGCUUUUAUAUUAGUUUUCAUAUGUAGACCAAUUGAUCAAAUUAUAUCAUUAGAAUAUUAUGCCUCUUUUAGUAUGUUUUUAUUUGUCAUCUGAUUUAUCGUGUUCAAGGUUUAACAAUUAUUAGUUUCUGCAUGAAGCCCUGAUGAUUAGAUCCCAAGUGGUAUCAGAGCCAAUGGUAGAGUAAAGUGGUAUCCGAGCCGAUGGUUCAACGGGGUAGAAGACAGGUUCAAGGCCGAUUCAAAUCAAGCUGCAACUAAUUUCACGAUAAUGAAGAUUUUGUCUGGAGUACUACAUGUGGAGAUGAAGUUUCAAUCAUAUUUUCAAUAUUCCUGCUGCUGCAUCUUUAAAAAUAAAAAUAAAAUAUUUUUUAAAUCAUUUUUAACCAAUAAUAUUUUUAACAUAUUUUUAACCAUGGCAAGCAACAGUGAUGAAGAUUAUGUGAAGAAGACGGAUCAAGUUUUGUCAAGAAAAUCCAGGCCAAAAGAGGAGAUUUUUUAGGGUUUUGCCCUGAUUUUCUUACCAUAUUUGAGUUUUACUUUUCCCUGAAAGAAAAAUAUAAUUUUCUUCCAUAUUAAUAUAAUUUUCUUCCAUAUUUGGCUAGUCCUUUUCUUGGAGGAAAAGGUUUUGGACCUCUAUAAAUUGAAGAAUCCUUCUCAUACAACAACACAAUAGCAUACACAAUGUAGUCCUUUAGAGAGUUGUGUUUAGGGGAGAUUUUUCUCCCAAUAGUUUUUAUGCUUUUAUAUUAGUUUUCAUAUGUAGAUCAAUUGAUUAAAUCAUAUCAUUUGAAUAUUAUGACUCUUUUAGCA